UAAAUUUGACAUUACUGUAAUUGGCACCUAGGUGCCCAGUCCCAGGAAGGCGCAAACACCGAAAUACGAAGAAAUGCACAGGCGACCGGCAAAAUGAACACGUCACGGUCAUCGGUCGCGCAAUUUGCCAAUCAUGCAGUCAGUCAGGAGGAAGGAAUGCACUCCAUAAAGAUCGAUUAUCCACAGAGAGAUAAGUCCCGAAAGACAACCAUAAAUCCACACACACCACACCAACACAGCAGCUAGAGGGUGGGGUGCCUCACCGCCACUAACGCACACACAGCAGACACACACGGUCGACCGCACGAUGUGUCUGCGGCACGAUGACCCACCGCACCUCGCCCACCGCAUGUCAGCGAGGGUCUCACGCUCCCACUGACGUAGACCAGACACACGCACCUCCAGCCCACAGCCCUCAGAUAUCGUGUCUUGUCCGUCGACGCCGUCACGCCACUCGAUGAUGUCGCUCUUGAACUGCCCUCCAGACGGCAGCUGUGUGAACCCAUCACCGCCGCCCUGGCCACCGGCUGUGUCCAGGAGACCUCCUGACGCCGCAGUGUGGCACCAUUGCCAUCGGUCACACCCACACUGACCAACAGCCAUACACACAGAGAUCCUUCUGCACUGGCAUUCAUCGUUGUAUCGGCGCGUGCACGUACCUGCUGGCCAGCUGCCGUAGGUCCAGGUUGACGUCGUCUUGCGGAUGAAGCGCCCUCCAUCUCCUGCACCAAGAUGUACAGCCCGCCGCCGUCGGUGCAGACAUUGCGGCCCUCAAACAGACCGACCGCACGUCCAGCCAGGCUGCUCACAGACGAUGCCAUCCUGACAGAUGGGACACGCACCAGGGACACGCACCAGAGAGGAAACGCAAAUAUGAACGGGAUCAUCAGAUCUCGGUCAGGUUUUGGUUGCACGUGAUAUCAGCUGACCUAUGAGAUGCUCUUUCGUCUGUUG